UUGAAUGUGUUCCUUUUCCUGCAGGUAUGCGGCCUAGCAUUGAGUGUGGUGGGAAUCAUGGCUCAGGUGGCUCUGAACAAGACCUUAAAGAUCACUGAUCCAACAGCCUCAGCAGCUCCCAUUGUUAUCAUUGCAGUCGGUGCAGUGAUUUUUGUCAUUGCCUUCUUUGGCUGCUGUGGAGCCUGGAAGGAGAGUUCCUGCAUGGUCACCAUGUUUGCCAUUUUUCUCGUACUGGCCAUCAUUAUUGACUUGGCAGCAUUAAUAGCUGGAUAUGUCUUCAGAAAUGAAGUCUCAAUUGUGGUCGAGAAAACCCUCGUUGACAUGAUGGCUGGUUAUAACAACAACACUGAGCUGAAAAAGGCUGUGGAUAAACUGCAGGAGGAUGUGCAGUGCUGUGGUGUGAACAGUACUUCUGACUGGGCCAACUUCAAACCUAAUAAAAAUUCUGUGCCUGACUCAUGCUGUGUGAAUGUCACUAAAGACUGUGGACUCAACAACAUGAAAAACCCCGUCAAAGUGCACCAGCUGGUAAACUCCCAACGACUGAUGCUUUUGUAAUGAAG